AUGAAAUUAUUCAUAUUUACCAUAGUUUGGUAUUUACCAUUGAUAAUAUCAAUUCGAAUGGUACAUAGUCGAUCAGUGUCAUGUUCAUGUAAUUUAGAUAGUACAGGAAUGACAAUGAUUUGUGACAAUGUUCAUUCAUUGAUUGCUUAUCAACAAUGUAUACAUGAACAAUUGAGUUUACAAACAGAUAUAAAAUUAAGACGUGGUGGUGUUAUUACAAAUUUAACUAUAAAACAUCAUCGAUUAAGUAGUUUAUCAAAUGGUCUUCUUCAAUUUUCAUAUGGAAAUAUUUAUUAUCAAUUAAAUGAUUUACGUUAUUUAUAUAUUGUACAGGGUAAAUUACGACAAGUAGAUAAUCGAGCUUUAAUAUUAAUUCAACAAGCUCUUGAAUAUCUUGAUUUAUCAAAUAACGAAUUUGAAUAUAUGCCAAAAAUAUCAAAUAAUAAUGAAGAAUAUAGUAAUCUUGAAAAAUUAAUUUUAUCACAUAAUCAAAUUCAACAUUUAACAAUAUCUGAUAUUCGAGCAUAUAAUCGUUUAGAAGAACUUGAUCUAUCAUUUAAUCGUCUUCAAUAUAUUGAUAUGACUAUAGUUAAUUAUUUAAAGAAUUUAAAAAACUUAUUUUUAAAUUCAAAUAUGUUGAGAACAUUAACAAAUAAUAUAAAAUUUCCAAAUAAUUUUCGUUUUAAAUUAAGUUCAAAUCCUUUAGAAUGUGAUUGUCGUCUUCGUUGGUUACGUAAUGCAUUAAAUCGUCUUGAAUAUCCUAUUUAUCAUGAUGAACCACAAUGUGAAAUGCCUAAAACAUUAGCUGAUAAAAAAAUUAUUACAUUAAGUGAUGAACAAUUCGUUUGUGGACCAAUUAUAUCAAAGCCUGAUUUAAGAAUUCUUGUUGCAACAACUGGAGAACUUGCUACACUUCGAUGUGAUGUACAUGACAAUACUAAAUCAACCGUGAUAUCUGCUCUGAAUCUUCUGACAAAUCUUCUUUUAACAAACGAACCAUUUCCAGUGCAUACUAACAGUCAAUUAUCGAAUUCUAUAUUUUUAAAAUGUAUAUUUCAAUUGAUUGAAAAUAAUGAUAAUGAUGAUGAAUUAGUUUUAUCAUCAAUAAAAUUUUUAUUAUCAUUUAAUUUACGUUUUGAUUAUCCAAAUAAAAAUUCUAUAAUGCUUACAUUAAAAGCUAUAGAUGAACAAAUAUCAUGUCGACAUUUAAUUGAACGAUUAAUUUUAUUAUUCAAUCGAAAUAUUGAUCCAAUUGAACAUAAAACAACAAAUUCUGUAAUAAAAUUUUUUGCUGAUUUAUUUGAUGAUCAAAAUACGACAAGUGAUAUACUUUUAUUUAAUUCUGAUCAACGUUUAAUUAUUGAAAUAAUAAGUAGAGAAUUAACUGAUCGUUUAUGUACUGAUAAAUCUACAACAGAAUAUCUUUCAUUAUUAGAAUUAAUUCUUCGUAAACAUACAAUCAUACGUGAAACAUGUACACGUUAUGAUGAACUUCAAACAUGUUUUCGAUCUUAUCUUUCUACAGAGAAUUGUUUGAGUGAAAAUCGUUUUAUUAUAAAUGAAAUCAUUCGACAAUAUGAUUGGUUAUGA